UUCACUCGGCAUCAGUACUAAUACAAAGUGCGAGUUGUUCGUUGUGAAGUUAAACGAUAUAAUUGGCAUUUACAAUAUCUCAAGCGAUUUAAUUUUAGUGUGUGUUUAUUUUAUUGUUAACUUCAUCUGAGUUUCCUUUUGACUGUUUAAUAAGUAUAUCAAUUGUUUAAUAAUGGUCGGAAAAACAGCCAUUGGAAUUGAUCUAGGAACCACUUAUUCUUGUGUCGGAGUGUGGCAAAAUGGAAAAGUGGAGAUCAUCGCCAACGACCAAGGAAAUCGGACGACACCUAGUUAUGUUGCAUUUACAGACACAGAACGGUUGAUCGGAGACGGAGCGAAAAAUCAAGUAGCUAUGAAUCCGUACAACACUGUGUUCGACGCUAAGAGAUUAAUUGGCAGACGAUUUGAUGACGAAAAAACUCAAGCUGACAUGAAACAUUGGCCGUUCAAAGUGAUCAGUGACUGUGGUAAACCGAAAAUCCAAGUCGAAUUCAAAGGUGAACGUAAAGUGUUUGCUCCAGAAGAAAUAAGUUCAAUGGUUUUAACCAAAAUGAAAGAGACUGCUGAAGCAUACUUGGGUAAGAGUGUUACUGAUGCUGUAAUAACGGUACCAGCUUAUUUCAAUGAUUCUCAAAGACAAGCCACAAAGGAUGCUGGCGUGAUUGCUGGCUUGAAUGUAAUGAGAAUAAUCAAUGAGCCCACAGCUGCUGCAUUGGCGUAUGGUUUGGACAAGAACUUGAAGGGUGAGAGAAAUGUAUUGAUAUUCGAUUUGGGUGGUGGGACCUUUGAUGUAUCAGUCCUACAAAUUGAUGAGGGAUCAAUAUUUGAAGUUAAAUCUACAGCUGGCGAUACUCAUCUGGGAGGUGAAGAUUUUGAUAAUAGAUUAGUGUCUCAUCUAGCUGAGGAGUUCAAGCGCAAGUUCAAAAAAGAUGUGAAAACAAAUCCAAGAGCUUUAAGACGUCUUAGAACUGCUGUUGAAAGAGCCAAAAGAACACUGUCUUCAAGUUCAGAAGCUACGAUAGAGAUUGAUGCAUUGAUGGAAGGUAUUGAUUUUUAUACAAGAGUUUCAAGAGCUCGUUUUGAAGAACUUUGUGCCGAUUUGUUCAGAUCAACUCUACAACCUGUUGAAAAGGCAUUGGCUGAUGCUAAACUGGACAAAGGAGCAAUACAUGAUGUAGUAUUAGUUGGCGGUUCUACUAGAAUUCCUAAGAUUCAAAGUUUGUUGCAGAACUACUUUUGUGGUAAGUCUCUCAAUCUAUCCAUCAAUCCGGAUGAGGCAGUAGCAUAUGGUGCUGCUGUUCAAGCAGCCAUACUAAGUGGAGAUACCAGUUCUGCAAUUCAAGAUGUUUUGCUCGUCGAUGUGACACCACUCUCUUUAGGAAUUGAAACUGCAGGUGGCGUUAUGACCAAAAUUGUUGAAAGAAAUACUACAAUUCCGUGCAAACAGACUCAAACUUUUACUACUUAUGCAGAUAAUCAACCAGCCGUCACUAUUCAAGUAUUUGAAGGAGAGAGGACUAUGACUAAAGACAAUAAUCUUUUGGGAACUUUUGACUUGACUGGAAUACCUCCAGCACCAAGAGGAGUACCUAAAAUAGAUGUUACUUUUGACUUAGACGCCAAUGGUAUCUUGAAUGUAUCGGCCAAAGACAACAGCUCAGGACGUUCGAAAAACAUUGUCAUCAAGAACGACAAAGGCAGAUUGUCUCAAGCAGAAAUUGACCGUAUGCUUAGUGAAGCUGAGAAGUACAAAGACGAAGAUGAAAAACAAAAGAUCAAAAUAGCAGCUAAAAACCAAUUGGAGAGCUAUGUCUUUGGUGUGAAACAAGCUUUGGAUGAUGCAGGAGAUAAAUUGAGUCAAUCAGAAAAGAACACUGCAAGGCAAGAAUGUGACGCUGUGGUACAAUGGUUAGACAAUAAUCAGUUGGCUGAUAAGGAAGAAUAUGAGAAUAAACUUAAAGAAUUACAAGGCAAGUGUUCUGCAUUGAUGAUGAAAAUGCAUGGAGAACAAAGAGGUGGUAGUGCCCAAAUGUCAGGAAACUGUGGUUUUCCUGGAGCGCAAUCAAACGGACCAACAGUCGAAGAAGUGGACUAAAUAAAUAAUGUAAAUUAAAACAAACUUCAUAUUGUAAAAAUUGUACAUAGUGAUGUGAUUUCAUAAUGUAUAUUUAAGUGUUAUAGAAAUUUAUUUAGAGAAAAAUAAUGUUACUCAAUGUACAUUGUGUAUAAAGACUGAUUUUUUAAAAUAAAAUAAUUGUUUAUUAAAAUAA